GAGCGUGAGGAGAGGCGUCGUACCCGCCGCAAAAGCGGCUGCCAGGGCCCUCGUCCCCUCCCGGUUGCCCGCCGCUCCUCGUUCCGUCUUCCCACUGGUCGGAGGCGGAGGCCGCGCUGAUGAAGCCGGCUCAGUGUCCCAUGGAGGUGGCAGAGAUGCUUAUGGACCCUGGGCAGAGCCAUGUGGUCUUUGAAGACGUGGCCAUAUAUUUCUCCCAGGAAGAGUGGGGCCUCCUUGAUGAAGCUCAGAGAUUUUUGUACCAUGCUGUGAUGAUGGAGAACUUUGCGCUUUUGUCCUCCCUAGGUUGCUGGCAUGGAGCCCAGGAUGAGGAGGCACCUUCAGAGCAAGGUGUUUCUUCAGGAGCAUCACAGGUCAGGACUCCAAAGCUAGGCCCAUCCAUCCAGGAGGCCCAGCCCUGCGAGGCAUGUGGCCCAGGAUGGAAAGACCUUUUGCGCUUGGCUGAGCAUGAUGGACUGUACCCCGAUCAAGAGCUAUACAUUUGUGGGGCAAACCUGCACUGGCACCAGAAGGAGCAGAUUGGAGACAAAUUUUCCAGAAGGGAAGAGGGGAGGUGUUCCUUUGCAAUGAACAACAGUGUUCACAAGGCAGACAGUAGCUUCACGUGCAGCAAAGGUGGGAAGGUUUUCCUGGGCAGCACAGGCCUUCUCCAACACCUGGCCUAUCACAAUGCAGUGAAACCACAUGGGGACACUGAGUGUGGGGAGGCCUUUGCAGCUGGACAGAAUGACUACAAGUGUGCUCAGUGUGGGAAAGCCUUCAGCCAAAAACAAAUACUGCUUGAACACCAGAAAAUCCACACUGGAGGAAGACCUUAUGAAUGCAGCAAAUGCGGGAUAGGCUUCAUUAGAAAGUUUCACCUUGUGCAGCACCAGAAAAUUCACACUGGAGAGAGGCCUUUUAAGUGCAAUGAAUGUGGGAAAGUCUUUAGGUACAAUUCCACGCUCAUUAGUCACCAGAGAAUUCACACUGGAUUAAGCCCUUAUGAGUGUAACAAAUGUGGGGAAUUCUUUAAGUAUAAUGCCAACUUCAUGAAACAUCAGAGAAUCCACACUGGAGAAAGGCCUUAUGAAUGCAGAGAAUGUGGGAAGUUCUUUAGGUACAACUACAGAUUGAUACGACACAAGAGAGUUCACACUGGAGAAAGACCUUAUAAAUGUAGCGAAUGUGGGAAAUUUUUCAGGUACAGCUCCACAUUUAUUAGACAUCAAAGAGUUCACACUGCAGAAAAGCCUUAUGAGUGCAGUGAAUGUGGAAAAUUCUUUAGGUACAAUUCCACACUCAUUAAACACCAGAGAGUUCACACUGGAGAAAGGCCUUAUGAGUGCAGUGAAUGUGGGAAAUUCUUUAGGUACACCUCCACACUCAUUAGACAUCAAAGAGUUCACACUGGAGAAAGGCCUUAUGAGUGCAGCUUAUGUGGAGAAUUUUUUAGGUACAAGUCCAAGCUCAUUAAACAUUGGCAGAAUCACACGGGAGAGAGGCCUUAUGAAUGCAGUGAAUGUGGGAAAUCCUUUAGGUACCACUGCAGACUCAUUAGACAUAAGAGAGUUCACACUGGAGAAAGGCCUUAUGAGUGCAGUGUAUGUGGAAAAUUCUUUCGGUAUAACUCCAACCUUAUUAAACAUUGGAGGAAUCACACUGGAGAGAGGCCCUAUGAGUGCAGUGAAUGUGGGAAAGCCUUUAGCCACAAACAUAUACUUGUUGAGCAUCAGAAAAUCCACACCGGAGAAAGGCCCUAUGAGUGCAGCAAAUGUCGGAAGGCCUUUAUUAGAAAGUCCCAUCUUGUUCAUCACCAGAAAAUCCACAAUGAAGAGAGACCUAGGAGUGCCAUAAAUGUGGGGCAUUCUUGAGAUAAAACUCCAAGCCAUUAACCAGAGAAUUACACUGGUAAAAAAACUUAUGGGUGCAGAGAAUAUGGCGAAGCCUUUAGGUACCACUCUAAACUCUACACUGGGAAGCACCUUAUGAGUAGAGUAAAUGUGCAAAAUUGUUUGGGCACAGCUUGCCAUUUAUCAGACAUCAAGAGAUCACUGGACGAAGGCCUGGGUAUAGUCAAUAUGCAGUCUUAGGUGCAACUCCAGCCCCAUUACACAUCAGAGAAUUUGCAAUGGAAAAAGACCUUUUUGUGCAACAAAUGGCAUUUGUUCAUCUAAAACUCUAACCUCAUUUGGCACCAAAAGUUCAUACCACAUUAGAGUAUUGCAGAGGAGGAAAGACUUCAAAUAUCUGCUCUUUGUCCCUGGGAAAUACUGUAAUAUAGUUUUUUUAAUUUUACAUUUAUGUUAUGGCAAAGUGCAUGUAGCACACAUUGCACUGUCUUUGAAUUGUACAGUUUAGUAGUGUUAAAAAAUUCACAUAUUUAUGCAACUAAUUUCCAGAAUUCCUUUCAUCUGGCAAAACUGAAACUAUACCCAUGAAACAGCUCCUUCUAGCCCCUCCCUACCACACCUGGAAACUUUUUAUACCCCAUCUAUGAAUUUGACUACUCUGUUUACUAUUUGUUAGUGAAAUCAUACAGUAUUUGUCUUUUUGUGACUGGCUUGUUUUGCUUAGCAUGAUUUCUCCAUUUGUCAGCAUUUCCUUCUGUUUUGAGAAGGAAUCAGUUGACAUACCUAAGAUACAGGGAAGGGUGAUGGUGGAGUCAAUACAGAUUUGCCAGAUGUUAAAUUAUUUCUAGAAGAAGAGGAGGUCCAGAUUUUAUAUGGAAUCUUUAUUUCUUAACAACUUUAUUGAUGUAUUGACAUAUAUUAAAACUGCAUUUAUUAAAAGUAUAAAAUAUAUUUUUCAUAUAUGUGUCCGCAAUGGGAGCAUCACCAGAGUCGUGAUAAUGAAUAAUUCAUAGCCCCUGUAGUUUCCAUGCACCCUUUUUCAUAUUCUCUGUCCCAGCCCUACCCAACUUGCCAUCCCCAAGUGGACACUCCAGUUUGCAUUUUCUAGAAUUUUCUAUAAAGGGAAUCCUACAGUUA